UUGUAGCUCACGGGCUCGGAAUAUUCUGCAAAUAAAACCUUCGAAGAAACUGUUCAUUGUCUCCAGCCUGUAUUCAAAUAACCAAGUGGAGCAGGCGGAGGAAACAAAACAGUCGCAAGGUCGACACGCGGCCAGGAUGGGGAUGCCAGGAAGACUAUUGCUGUUUCUGAUUUUGCAGCUCAUGAUAAGAGGAUCAGUACCACAACAACCAGCGGAUGAGGUAGAGGUCCGUCUGGUGGAUGGUGGAAACACCGCCUGCUUCGGCACAGUGGAAGUCUUCCUACGCGGACAGUGGGGAACGAUGUGCGACCACUUCUGGGACCUGAAGCGUGCACAAGUGGUGUGCAGACAGUUGGGCUGCGGCAGGGCCCUGGCGACUACGUGGUAUGCUCGCUUUGGAAAGGGCCCAGCGACCAUGAGGCUGGAUGAAUUCCAAUGCACCGGAAGUGAAGCAAAGCUGGGAGAGUGCAAUCACAAAGAGAUUGGGGAUUUCAACUGUGUUCACGAUGAGUCUGUCGGUGUUGUUUGUGAAGAUGACCGAGCUUCACUCGGACCCUCGCACCUUAUUUGUGGUUUUGACAAAAUCAAAGCGGGCCUGAAUUCGCUUCGGGUAGAAAAGGCUGGUUACAACCCACGUUCUGGCAACCUGGCAGAUCGCAGCUGUUCCCGGGUCAGGGAGCAGAGUGGCAUUGUGUGGUACGAGGCCGACACUCGGGCAGGUGCCUGUGGAAACAUGCUGACGACCAACCAGACACACCUCAUCUACUCCAACAGUCUAUUCAUCUACCCAACAAACGGGCCAUCCUUCUCUCUUCCUCUGAAACUUCCUUUCUCGUGUGCCUAUCCCCGGUACACAAACAGCAUGCUGAAUGUCGCCAUCAGGCCGGCCCUGGAUCCGGAAGGUGCUAGUGGUAUGCCGGGUGACGAAAUCAGAGCCUCCAUGGUCUUGUACCACACCUCCAAUUACACAGAGCCUUUUGCAGCGGGUGCGGUCGUCCUUCCAGUGGGCUCACUUUUGUAUGUGGAGGUCUCUGUGGACAAAGGAGAUCCCGGCUUGGCACUCGUUUUGGAGGAUUGCUUUGCUUCCCACUCCCCAGAUCCCGCGACCGCUGAGCCAUACUCUCUCAUCCAUGACAAGUAUGCGUCUCCUCAGUUGGAAUGACUAUAGAUUCGUGGGGUACACCGUCGACCAUUCAGCAGUCAAACACGGGCAACAAAUCAAACAAUCAUUCACACUUUCAUUCUUAUGAGUAAUUCAUUCACCGAAGAAAGUUUUUGAGAUGUGGCGGUGGGGGCACGGGUGUGGCUGGAGAAUCAAGAGAAGAUCCACUCAAGCAUGAGGAGAAAGUGCAAACUCCACAUGGAGAUUGGAUUCGGACCUCCUGAGUGUGAGGCAGAAGGGUUGAGUGACUCAUAAAAAUCAACAAAUCAUCUUCAAAUUAAAGGAUAGAAUCAUUUUGAAAAGAAUGUCUUGUGUUUCAAAUUAAAGGAUCUUGUGGUCUUCAUUAAAAUGAAAAAGGAUGUGUGAAGUGUGUUACUUUGCAAAUGCUGAAUGAUUUCUUGGAUGUGAUAAUAUUGCCAAUGCCAAAAGUGGAAAAAAAAUAAAUGUCCCGACGACCCUGA